CCGAAGUUGAUCAGUCUGCUCAGAAAACUUAUCCGGAGGGAAAGUAUUAGAAUCGGUUUCAAAGGAGGAAAAAUCCAGGUUUUGUGCAAAGAAUUGCAUUGCAACCAGAGAGGACAUAACUUCUGUCAAUUAAGAGAAACAAUAUUGCACCCCGAAGUGUAGUCAUUGGUGAUAUUUUUACUUGUUCUGUGAAUACUUUGAUUUGUAAAGAAUAUAUUUUUUCCGUUUAUUUUGACUGAAGUGUGUUGAAAGCACUCUCUCCAUUUGGAUGCGGACUGGUUUUUAGCUUUAUAAAUUGGAUAAUUUAACGCACGGGCAUUGCCUGUAAAUUGUAUUCACAUUUGGUGUUUAUCAAUUGCAAGACGAAUAUGUUUCUCAGUUUUUGUCUACUGCUGACAUUUGUCUUGGGGCUGACCGGGUCCUUUGGCUCAUAUGUACCAUGCGAGCCGUGCGACCAGAAGGCGCUCUCUAUGUGCCCCCCGGUCCCCGUCGGUUGUCAACUCGUGAAGGAGCCUGGCUGUGGUUGCUGCCUAACCUGUGCCCUAUCAGAAGGUCAGGCGUGCGGUGUUUACACCGGAACAUGCACCCAUGGCUUGCGCUGCUUGCCGCGGAAUGGAGAGGAGAAGCCCCUUCACGCGCUCCUUCAUGGCAGGGGGGUGUGCACGAACGAGAAAGGAUACAAACCCCUCCAUCCACCCAUAGAUCAUGAGUCUCUGGAACACGAGGACACCCUGACGACUGAGAUCACGGAGGACCAACUGCAGCCCGCCAAAGUGCCGCUCCUCCCCAAGCAGGACCUCAUCAACAGUAAGAAGAUCCAGGCAAUGCGCAAGGACAAGGAGCGCAAGCGGGCACAGGCCAAACUGCGCUCCAUUGGCCCCAUGGACUACUCCCCACUACCCAUUGACAAGCACGAGCCAGAGUUUGGUCCUUGCAGGAGGAAGCUGGAUGGGAUCAUCCAGGGAAUGAAGGACACAUCCCGUGUCAUGGCCCUGUCCCUGUACCUUCCCAACUGUGACAGGAAGGGCUUCUUCAAACGCAAACAGUGCAAGCCCUCUCGUGGCAGGAAGCGAGGCAUCUGCUGGUGUGUAGACAAGUACGGCUCGCAGGUUCCCGGCACAGACUACAGCGGGGGGGACAUCCAGUGCAAGGACCUAGAGAGCAGCAGCAUCAACGAGUGAAUAGGCGGCUCCGCCCCCACCCCGAUCACCUGACCCAGGGCCUCACCUCCUCCUUUCCCUCCCACCUGUCUGCUUCGCCCUCCAGUCACUUUUUGAGAUUUUCAAGACGAAAAAAAAUAAGACAACUAAACAAAUCAAAUGAAUGAACGAAAGGACAGGCUUGAAAAAAGGACACCUGAAAUCUUUUUUAUUUUUUUGACCGUGCGCUCAUCUCUUAAAAGACGGAACCCAGCAGGUUUUAAGCCCGUGUUUGACCCUCGGGCCCCUCCCCCACUAAGAGCUGGGCUCGGGCCCCUCCCCCACUAAGAGCUGGGCUCGGGCCCCUCCCCCACUAAGAGCUGGGCUCGGGCCCUUCCCCCACUAAGAGCUGGGCUCUGGCCCCUCCCCCGCUAAGAGGUGGGAGCCUCACUAACGAUUCAUGAAAAUAUAUACUUGUAUUGAUAUAUUUUUAUAGAAACACCAAACUUUGUAUCAUUUAAAGCUAACAUAAAAUGGAUGAAAAAAUGAAUAUAAGUCACUUUGAUUAUAAACAGGACUGUUUUGAUCUUUCACAUCUAUUGCUAUUGAGGUGUCAGAGGAGAUAGCUGGACCUUCUAUUGAGGUGUCAGAGGAGAUCGCUGGACCUUCUAUUGAGGUGUCAGAGGAGAUAGCUGGACCUUCUAUUGAGGUGUCAGAGGAGAUAGCUGGACCUUCUAUUGAGGUGCCAGAGGAGAUAGCUGGACCUUCUAUUGAGAUGUCAGAGGAGGAGGAGGUAGCUGGACCUUCUAUUGAGGUGUCAGAGAGGAUAGCUGGACCUUCUAUUGAGGUGUCAGAGGAGGAGGAGGUAGCUGGACCUUCUAUUGAGGUGUCAGAGGAGAUAGCUGGACCUUCUAUUGAGGUGUCAGAGAAGGUAGCUGGACCUUUUAUUGAGGUGUCAGAGAAGAUAGCUGGACCUUCUAUUGAGGUGUCAGAUGACAUAGCUGGACCUGCUAUUGAGGUGUCAGAGGGGAUACCUGGACCUUCUAUUGAGGGAGCAGAGGAGAUAGCUGGACCUUCUAUUAGUGUCAGAGGAGAUAGCUGGACCUUCUAUUGAGGUGUCAGAGGACAUAGCUGGACCUUCUAUUUAGGUGUCAGAGGAGAUAGCGGGACCUUCUAUCGAGGUGUCAGAGACAAUAGCUGAACCAUCUAUUGGCAGAAAAAAAAAACUUGAGAGGGUCUUUCUGAUACAGUUGACUCUAUCUGGUAUUUGGUUCUGUCAGAGCACUUUUGAAUAAGGGAACCUGCUUGGAUAUGUGUUACUUCACUAAUUUUGUGUGAGCAUGCAUGUAUGUGUGUGCGUGUGUGUGUGUGUGUGUGAAAGAGAAAGGGAGUGAGCUUAACACAAGAAUGACCUUUUUUUCCUCUCGCUCUCUUUUUUUUUACAACAACAACUUUUAUGGCUGGUGCUUGAAGUAGUCUUGAGGAUGGCUUUCUCCCACUAGGCUAUGUAAAACUAGGUCUAUGGGAGAUGGAGAAAGAUCGACACAAUAAUCAGAUCAUUACAGACAAACCUAUGUUAGUGGCUCAUUGACUCUGCAUCUAGCCUGACAUGCCAACUGUGCCUAUUGUUACCAUACACUGCCAUGCAGGGCAACACAGAACUUAUCGGAGAACGCUGCCCCUACUGGUGAAGGGAAUACUGCCACAAAGUGCUCAUUCUGUCAUCUGAUGUGAGCUCUGCUUGGCCCAACAACCGGGACUUAAAGAAUAGUGGAAUGAACCGUACAGUCCCGCAAUAACUAACAACAGUAAUUCUUUGUUUUGCUAAAGUAUGGGCAAAAAUUGUACGUACAAGGAUUAAGCAUGUUGCGGACUUGCAUUCACCAGUGAGGUCAGCUGUUUUUUUUGUCUCAGUUGCUCGAGGGUGUUAGUCUUGUGUGGUUUUGUUUGUACUGUUGUGGAGUAGUAACCGCCCACUUUUGAGCCGUGUUCCUUAACCAACGGGCCUGCUAACAUGGUCACCACGGCUACAGUGGAACCUUGGUGUAUUACUUUUGACUAUAAAUUAACUCAUGUUUUCUUUUUUUAACUAAAGAAAUACAAUGUACUGUUGCUUGGGACAAAGACGUGUGUAUUUUAGCCUGUGAACAAUUUGAAUGGUUCCAUGAUGCCUGGCCAUCCUUAUUUGAAUAUGAGACAGUCAAAAAAAAGCUAUAUCCCACCUAUUUUCUUCCCCCUUGGCUUGCAUGCCGCCCCUCCUCGACAACUUGUUUUCUAUACAACACAACAUUACUUGCAUUCGAAAUGGUGAGCAGUUUUCCUUUUAUUUUUAUUAUUAUUAUUAUUCUACCUUUAUUUCAACAAGGAACACAGACUUAGACCAAGGUCUCUGUUAGAGCUGGGCCCUGCGUAUACAUGUUUACACAUACAGUUUAAGUACAAUGAUUAAGAAACUACACAAGACAAACAAAACGAUCACAGAUAACCCAAAAUACAGCAGCAGAUUGUUACAUUUACACACAGGUUAUUCCCCUAACAGGUUAUUCCCCAAACAGGUUAUUCCCCUAACAGCACAAGAACUUGCAUUACCCAAAACAGUUACAAGCAACACAAAAGGGAAUACCUCUUCUGCUCAAGUGGGCUUCUUUGACCACUACCUGCAGGGUCAGUUGAAAGUGUACUUUUAUGUCGUCUGUGUGCAAGUCGCAGUGCCUUCUUACAUGCAUAUCCACAUUUAAAUAGUGACGCGAACGUGACGUGGUAGCUGUCUAAGGGACGGAAACCCUGCUGAGGCUGAGAGGCCCUCAGGGUAGUAGUUCUCUAGCCUGCCAUGACGAGAGGUCUAGGUAAAGUACAAAGAAGAUGUGAUGUGGUGUGGUGUCAGGCGUGUCAGGCGAUGUGGUAUAGCUCUAGUCAUGUGGUAUAACUCUUGCCACAAACACAUUGUGAAUCUGUUGCUAAUCCCUCCCUUGUGUGAUGGCAAGGAAGACCAGAGUGCCCGUCUCUGUCUCUUAUUUUCAAAAAGCACUAAAACGCUAGAGUAUUGCUUUCAAAGUUGACUGCUAAUAUAUUUGAUUGCCAGAGAAUAGGCAGGUGAUGUUAGAAUUUCGAGGCACAUCAUAGUUGAUCACGCAGACUAGCAAACUACUGCUUCUCCCAGUAGUCGGAGAAGAGAUGGACGAGGCAUUACUAGCCAUCAUAUCCUAUUCCACAGCUUGUGUGGGUGGUCGUACUUUCUUUAGCCAGGCCAUCAACAGACAACAAAUUAGGGAGCUUGUACUCCAGCCUCAAUUAAGUCUGUAGUCCAAUAAUGACGUGAUAUUAUCAGUUUUCGUAAUACAAAUGUGUUGAAUAGGAUACUGUUGUUUUUAAUGGCUCAUAAAUGAGAUGCUUGUAACAUCAAAAAUGGAUUGGUCAAAAUGUCAGGCCUAUAGCUUUAUAGCCUCAGUUACUUUGAGAGAGAAUUUGUGGGAAAAAUAAGUUACUAUACCCUGCUACCCUUCACAUCCAAAAUGUAUUCUUACAUGGAAGUGAACUCCUCCGCCUUUUGGUAAAACCCAGAUAAACUAGUUUGUCCUAUACUCAAUGCAGCGUAGCACCCUUCCCCACCUCCACCCAGUCCACAUUGAAAGAAAGCUGCUUGCACUUAUUGAUAACACAGAUAACAUACAGUAAAACUGCCACUUGGGUAGAAAAACAAAACAAGCUAAACAUGUAGUGUGAUACAGGUUAAGGGUGUCUGCAAGGUCUCCUGGGUAAUGGUUGACGGGGGCUUAUGUGGUCCAUGCCUGGGAAUUCUAUCACCAACGUCCAAUAAGAAUAAAGGGAUAAUAACAUGCCGUACAGCACAUUAACAACCACACAACAGUCCCACUUUCAUACUGAGAGAGAGAGAGAAAACCAUGGACAGUGGCCGCGUUUAGGGGCUAGCCACACCCUCAUCACGGAGGGCUCACCAAUCGCAUGACAGUAGACACAGUUAGGAACAGACACAAGGAGACCAGGGAAAUCUGAGGAAUAGGAACACAGCAAGGAAUUUAGAUGUUGACUCCCUUCCCAGCUUCCAUUUGAGCACCAGACCAUCAGAAGCCUAUUGAAGCAGUUGGCCAGCCAUAUGGUGUAGUCUAAUGGGGCGUUUUCUAAAUCAAGAUUUGUCUCUUGGGUCAAAGAAAAUGUGGAUAUGGGCAUUGAAUCCUUUUGGCGUCAAAUUAACCAAUUGACACAAUUCAACCAAGCUAUGAAUUGUUGAAAUUUUCUUUGCGGUAUGGUGCUAGAUUGACGUGUUGGAGAUGUUGUAUUGAAAGCUUAUCCUCCUUUUAAAAGUGUAAUUUACUUCUGUUUCCAACUCGUAACACUGCCUUAUUCAGAUUCCUCGUCUCACACCUGGUUAUGUACUCAUACUCACAGUUCAUGAUACAAUAGUAAGUAACUACAACAUUUAUUUUUAUGCAUAAUGUUUUUAUUGAUGAUAUGAGACAAAUUCAAUCAGUUACCUUAAUAACAUGUGGUGUUAACUGGCUUGUGAUUAAAAUAUCCAUUGGUGCCAGAGGACAGUGACGUAAAAUGGUCAGCAUUUGCAACUCCUCGUGAAACAACAACAACAGUAAAAAAAGACAAAAAAUCUCAAACUAUUAAAGUGAAUAUCACUGUGUAAUAUUUAUUCAACUUGUAAUUUAUGUACUCUUUUAACCUUUGUCUUUUUUUGUUAUGACAAAGCAUUUUAUUUAAAUAAAGUGAUGUAAUUCAUUUAAA